AUGCCGGAGCCGGAACUUCCAGCUCCAGCGGAUCCAGAGUCAGAGCCAGAGGCACCACCAGUGAUACCACCGGAACCAGGGCUAGAGCCAGAGCUAGAGCCAGAGCCAGAGCCAGAGCCAGAGCCAGAGCUAGAGCCAGAAGAACCGCCAGUGAUAUCACCCCAGCCAGAGCCAGAGCCGGAGCCGGAGCCAGAGCCAGAGCCAGAGCCAGAGCCAGAGCCAGAAGAACCGCCUGUGAUAUCACCCCAGCCAGAGCCAGAGCCGGAGCCGGAGCCAGAGCCAGAGCCAGAGCCAGAGCCAGAGCCAGAAGAACCGCCAGUGAUAUCACCCCAGCCAGAGCCGGAGCCGGAGCCGGAGCCAGAGCCAGAGCCAGAGCCAGAGCCAGAAGAACCGCCAGUGAUAUCACCCCAGCCAGAGCCAGAGCCGGAGCCAGAGCCAGAGCCAGAGCCGGAGUCAGAGCCAGAAGAACCGCCUGUGAUAUCACCCCAGCCAGAGCCAGAGCCGGAGCCAGAACCCCAACCGGAGCCAGAGCCAGAGUCGUCACCCGAGUCAUCACCAGAGGCAUCACCAGAGGCAUCACCAGAGACACCGUCAGAGAUACCAAGGCCAGCAGAUCCUGAGGCAUCAGGAUUAACGUAG